AACAAACCAAUUAAAUGCCGAACCUGCUCGAUCAUUCAAUGUUUAGGAUUGCUCGAAUAGGGUGAUCUUAGUGUGACCUGUGGUCUGGACGGUCCAGAUCGCCAUGUUAGAUUGGAAGGGCCCCCCACAUGUUAAAAAUGGUGGUGAAUCUGGUACACAUAAACAGCCAUAUAAAAUAACAGAGACUAACUAAUCAUAGAUAUAAAGAGAUGUAUGUUAGAGAUAAGUGCAUUACCUCUGUGGAGAUUCUCUUUCUCUGCCAUGGCUUGUUAGAGGCUUUUCACAACAAUGGGGAAGACAGGCAAAUGGAUUAGAAGCUUAUUGACAGGGAAGAAGGAGAGAGAGAAAGACAAGAAGGAAAAAGAUCAGAAGGGAAGCCAACCAUCUCCAUUUCCCACCGACAAUCACCCAUCGCCGACUCCAACUACAACUCCAACCCCAAAAGAAAAGCGCAGAUGGAGCUUCCGGCGAUCAGCUGCCACCAAGGAUGUGAAUUCACCUGACCCAACUGCCGGUACUGCCACUCCAAUCCAUUCGAUUGAGGAAUCUGAGAAUGAGCACAAGAAGCAUGCCAUGGUGGUGGCGGCAGCCACCGUUGCUGCUGCCGACGCAGCCGUGGCAGCUGCGCAGGCAGCUGCAGCCAUGAUUCGCAGAACCACUGCUGCCAAUGGGAGGAGCAGUGCUAUUGAAGAAGCUGCUGCUAUCAAGAUUCAGUCUGUCUUUCGUUCUUAUCUGGCGAGGAAAGCAUUAUGCGCAUUGAAAGGAUUAGUGAAACUGCAGGCAUUGGUAAGAGGUCACCUGGUGAGGAAACAGGCAACCACAACCCUCCGGUGUAUGCAUGCACUGGUGACGGCCCAGGCCAGAGCUCGUGCUCAGAGGGUCCGGAUAACCGGGGAAGCACAGCCUAUCCCACAGAGGCAAUCCAUUCACCGGAGAUCACCACAAGACAAUCGAUUCCGACAACCAUACGUGGAUCGAGGCAUGGAAGAGAACAUUAAGAUUGUGGAGAUGGAUCUUGGAGAAGUGAGAGGCAAUUCAAAGGGCAGGAACAGCUACUCAACCACACAUGCUGAAAGAGCAGAUCCCAGAUUCUCAAUACAAUAUGCCGAACACUGUCCAUAUUCAAAACUGGAACAACAACUCCAGAUUUCACCUGCACCAUCUGCAUUGACCGAUCUGACCCCAAGAGCCUGUAGUGGACAUUUUGAUGAGUACUCAUUCACCACGACACAGAGCAGCCCCCAGUUCUUCUCAGCUGUGUCCAAACCCGAUCCAACUAAAACUCCUUUCAGUUUUCCUCAACAAGAAUAUGCAGAAUCUAUUUCGCAUGACUACCCCUUCUUUCCAAAUUACAUGGCCAACACGGAGUCUUCACGAGCUAAAGUCCGAUCACAGAGCGCACCAAAGCAACGGCCAGAUUCAAUCGAAAGGCAACCAAGCAGGCGGAGGCCAUCAAUGGAAGGAAGGAACAUCCCUCGAAGUGUUAGAAUGCAGCGAUCAUCUUCACAUGUGGGUAUGACUCCUAAUGGGUACCAAUUCCCAUGGUCAAUCAAGCUCGAUAGAUCAACAAUGUCACUCAAGGACAGCGAAUGUGGUUCAUCCAGUACUGUGCUCACAAACACCAACUACUGCAGAUCUCUGGUUGCAUAUGAGGAGCAGUUCUAAGGUGUGAGGAAUUGGAAAUGGACCUCAAACUAGGGAUAUGCAAAAUGAGCUUUGCUAAGCACAAACGCAUUUGCAAUAAAGCUCAUGCACACACCACACAUGUCAAGAUGGCAGAAUAGGUCCAAAAUCCAAUCCAUCCAUCAGAAUGCACCACUAUAUUAAUGCCCUAGCCCAAGAAUCAAGUUAUAAACUGCUAAGUGGGCCACAGUUUGCAAAACAAAUGUACAGCUCUGAGAAUCUUCACUGAAGCUUUCUAACCCAUUCACCUGUUUCCAAUAUUGGGGCCCACAUGCUGAGUGGACCAGUUUUAUUUUUGGAAAACGUCUACAAGGUCGGACCAGCCUGAUGGAUGGAUUGGAUCUCACACCUAUGUUCCAUGCUGGCAUGUGUGGCAUGUAGCUGAGCUUUAUUGCGCACAUGUGUGCACUUAGCAAGGCUCAUCCACAACAGACUGGGGUUUUCAGUUUGUAAAAGUUGAGCCAAUUGUUCAGUGAUGCAGACCACCAGUCUGUUGGAGCCUCCGUGGAUAUAUGUUCCAUGAAAAAUGUCCUCAAUAAGACCAUCCAAACUUCAAUUUGUGACCUGCAAAUAGAACAGUUACAAAUUAAUGAUAGAAAUACAGCAAUGGGUCCAUUUAAUUGGGUAAAAAAGGCCUGAGAAUGGCUGCCGGGAUCAUCCAAUCUGGACAUUUUUCGCAACAUAUGGACUAGAACAUCCACGUUGGAUAUUUUUUAGCAUCCUCAUCCACAUUGGGUCCCAGAAGGCCAUUGGUCUGGAACAUAUGGACUGAACUUGUACAAACUACAUACCCAAGUGUGUCAGUCAGAGAUGCAAAAUUGACUUGGGCUUUGAAUAAAUACCUGCUG